AUGCGCCAUACUGAAAGCCACCGGGACUUGAGUGAAGCUGCACUUGUAGCGGCAGAAAGUGCAGUUAACCGAAGCGCGGAAAUUCUGGAAAUCAUUCUACGAAACCCAGCUGUAGAGUGGAAAGCAGACCAGACUCUGUCAGAGAAUAUUGUGAUAAAAACUGUCAACGGAGUGUGCCAGGAAAGAAAGGAAUGUGCAGCUAUGCUAUCAGAAGACUCUUUCCAGGACAUGUUCGCAAGAAUGGAGGAUACUGCGGUUCGAAAGAUCCAAGCCCUAGGUGAAGUAGUCGGGAAUGUUCAAGUUCUGGGUAUCAAGAUCACGGCGGAGGACGCUGGACUAUAUCGCCUUGCGACAGUUCUGGAGAACAUGGACUCCCGCUUGUAG